AUGCUUCGUUGGACGCUGACGCUCGGAGCGUACAGUUACGAACUCCGUUACCGGAAGGGAGAAGACAUGGACAACGCCGAUGCCCUCAGCCGAUUGCCACUAGAGGUGGAGCCCGGAGCCACAGCUGAACCCAACCCUCCGGAGGUUUUCCUUAUUGAAGAAGUGCCACAAGCAGCGAUACAUGCCAGAAACGUUGCUGCUGCAACAGACAGAGAUCAGCAGGUGUUGCUUCGGGUUCAACAGUGGACUAGAGACGGUUGGCUGAAGUCAUCACCCCAAGCGAGAGAUCUCAAGCCUUACUGGACACGCCGUUUCGAGAUAUCUAUUCAGGAUUGUUGCCUGCUUUGGGGAACCAGAGUUAUUGUCCCUCAAGCACUACGGCAGGGGAUCCUCACCACACUGCAUUCAGGCCACGCAGGGAUCGUACGCACGAAAGCAAUGGCCAGAAGCUUUGUAUGGUGGCCGGGGAUCGAUGCUGACAUUGAGAGCAUGAUCGGUCGGUGCACCCCGUGCCAAUUAACGCGAAAUAUGCCAUCGAGAGACGCGUCACACCCGUGGCUGCCGCCACAGAAGCCUUGGUCAAGGCUGCAUCUGGAUUAUGCAGGGCCUUUUCAAGGGCGCACAUUCUUGAUGUUCGUCGAUACUUUCUCGAGAUGGCCGGAGGUGAUUCCUGUGUCGUCGAUGUCGGCGGCCGAACUGAUCCGUCAUCUUCGCCGUGUGUUUGCGACGCACGGAUUGCCCGAUGUCGUGUUUACCGACAAUGGCACGUCUUUCACUUCAUCCGAGACGGCCGACUUCCUAAGAAGGAACUCGAUCAGACACAUGUUCUCUCCGCCAUACCAUCCGCAGUCGAAUGGCGUCGCAGAACGUAUGGUGCAGAACGUAAAAAAACAAGCUUCGCCAACUACGACGCGACGAUCCGGACUGUCGUCUAUCACGUCUGUUGUUCGCAUUACGUACAACACCAUGCUCGGACAGCACAAGAUCUCCGGCGCAACUGCUCAUGAACCGUAG